UGAGGGCAUAGAUGAGCACUCCACUCUAGAGAGACAGAGAGGCAAGUGUACACCCUACAAGGCAUCUGGCUGUGUGCUUUCAAUGAUUUGCUGACGUAUAAAAUCACUGCUUCUUUAACUCUGACCAUGGGGGCUUCACAGGAUAAGAUGCACUGCACCAGGUACCUGGAUGGAAAAGGCCCUCCACCACUGACCGAAAUGGUUGAAGCAGAAACUAAAGGACCUAACCACAAAAAGGAUGCACUGAUAAAACAAGGGACUCAGCCUGAGGGAGGGCAAAUGAUUUGGAAUAUUGAAAGACGGAGUUUGCCAGGAUUCCCUGACUAUGACUCUUUUCAAAUCAUCUUUCAUUUUGAUGAUGGCAUCCAGUCGGAUAGGCAUCCACACCCAGGGCACAGAUACAACGGGAUGGAGACUAUGACCUUCCUGCCUCAGAACAGUAUGGGGACAAAGAUUCUCCGGCAACUAGAAGUGGCCUUUCAACAAAAGCUGCUGUUCACUGUGGCAGCUGAUAGCAGCGGCGAAUACUGUGUGACUCUUGCAGAUAUUCCCCUCAAGCCAUUAGAUGGUGGGGUAUCUGGGAGAUUGGGUUCUCCAGAUCCAAACUACCUGAAAAUUUUGAGUAAGAGUCUUAAGGUAAAAGGGAUCAAAUAAGAGACUACUAUGACUACUAUUGUGGAUUACUAACUUCAUCGUGACCCUGUGAGACCAGGAUAAUGAGGCUCAUAUGACAGUCAAUCAGAGUUUGACAUUUACAGCCAAAUCUACAUGGACAAAUAAAGUCCACUGUAUAUAAUGUUGGAAAUUGAUCAGUUGCAUCUAUGGUGCACGCUGUAUCCUGUAUCUUGCCGCUCAUUAGACAAUGUGUAUUUUGUAUUAAACAGACCAUAAUCUUCUCACUGGAAGUAAGACAGCAUUGCAUACAUUGCGAGCCAUUGUACGGUACAUAUGCUUUAUGUGUUUAUAAAUUGUUUUAAUACAAAUGUAAAAAUGUUUUCUCUCUUCAUGGAGGUUUAUGAAUUUAUGAAACAUUGCUGUUAACUCAAAAUGUGUCGCACCAGGUUUGAUGUCAAUAAAUGCAUUGAUAUAGUAUACACAAUCUUACUGAGUUAAUGCUGAAGCCGACAACAUGUGAGGUCAUGUACAGUUAAUGGCUUCAUGCACGCAUAGAUUUUUGCACAUUAUCAUGAUUUUGCAUUGCAUGUAAACACCUUUAACUGCAUUCUUACUGUUUUAUCCAAUGUGAGCAAUUAUUGUACGCAUGAGUGUUUUCAUUUUGAUGUCAAAAGCGGAGAAUAAUCCGAUGAUUUCAAAUAACAUGUAAACACCUUUUUUAUUUUUUUUGGCAUUGUCGGAUUGUUAGAAUAAGCUGAUUUUGGCAGUUCUCUGUGGAAGACCUGAACGUCAAGGUGAAUAAUGAAAAACAAAUGUCUAGGUUUUUUGGUGUCCUUCUUGAGCCUAUGCUCCAACAAAGAAAAAAAAUCCACAAAUAUUUUUUUCCUAUAUCUUUUUGGCUUUGAAAAUAAUUUGUUUCUCUGGAAAAAAAUUAAAAUAAUAAUUCUGAAAGAUUUUUUUUCCCUCUGGAAAUAACAUUUAAAGUUUUUCACUUAAAUGUUUUUUCAACAACAGCAACAUUUUAUUUUUGAGAAUACAAGCUAACAAUUAUCAUGCAGUACCAACCUUGGCCACCAGGGCACUAAGACAAUAAAUACAUAAAUAAAUAAAUCACUGUGACAGCAAUUCACCUUGCUGUUUAGGGUUUCCAUAGUUAUCAGUGUACUGGUUGGUGUCUAUGUAAUCACACACCAUGACCAGAAACAUUUAAAGUUUAAUGUCAUUGAUGUAAAACAUGCUACAUUUACCUGAAUUCGAUUAAAGAGUUGCGAUGGAGAGGAAGAUUUUCCAUUAUUUAAAUUUGGUCUGUACUUCAAAUUUAGUGCAUGAGUCAUAUGAACUGCUUUUAUGUUACGUUUAUGGUGCUUUUUUGUCAUUUGGACAUUCUGUUAAAUAACUCCUUUUGUGUUCCACAA